AUGAGCUCAAAGGGAACCACGUCCAGAGCUUAUGACAUGAUUAUGAAGCUAUUGUUGGUGGGCGAUUCGGGGGUUGGUAAGUCGUGUUUGUUGUUGAGAUUUGUAGAGGACAAGUUCAACCCCUCGUUCAUCACCACCAUUGGAAUCGACUUUAAGAUCAGGACUAUCGAGAGCAAAGGCAAGAAGAUCAAGUUGCAAGUGUGGGACACCGCGGGCCAGGAGAGGUUUAGAACCAUCACGACUGCGUACUAUAGAGGCGCCAUGGGGAUUGUGCUCAUUUACGACGUGACCGACGCGAGAAGUUUUGAAAAUGUGCGCAACUGGCACCAAACUGUUACCCAGCAUGCCAACGAAGAAGCUCAGAUAUUUUUGGUGGGAAACAAGUGCGACGAUGAGGAAAACAGACAAGUAUCGAAGGAUCAAGGAGAAGAGUUGGCGCACGAGUUGGGAGUGCCAUUUUUGGAAGCCUCGGCCAAGACCAACCAAAAUGUCGAAGAGAUAUUCUACGAAUUGGCCGGAAUGAUCCAGGACAAACAUGUUGAUGAGCCUGCUUCUUCAGGAGGCGGGGCUGGAGGUAUUGACGUUUCUCAAAAUAGCUCCGGAUUCAAGAACAAUUGCUGUUAA